AUGGCCGACAUCAAGGCGAGAAUCCCCGGUUUCUCGUCUGGUCCCAAGUAUGCGACGCUCGAUACCGCCUCAUCCACCGUCGAUAUAGCAGACGACGAUGCGCCUCGCGACACACCCUGGGGAGCCCGGAAUAGGCGGUUAUUAAGAAUCGCGACCUUGACUUUGGCGGCGGCUUUGGUCGCAUAUAUGAUACUUACUUCGGGCUUGGGAUUCGAUUACGCGUCGCAGCCUCAAAAAGUAUCAACUAAGCUCUGGGGCCAAUACUCCCCUUACUUCCCCGUCCCCUCAGAGAUAGACUCUGCCGUGCCCGAGGGAUGCACCAUCACCUUCGCCCAAGUCCUCUCAAGACAUGGUGCGCGAGAUCCCACUCUUUACAAAACCCAGAUCUACAACGCCACCCUUGCCAGGAUCCAGAAGGGCGCGACAAAGUUCGGCAAGGGAUACGAGUUCCUCAAAGAUUUGGAGUAUACCCUCGGCGCCGACCAGCUCACGGCCUUUGGCAUCGAGCAGAUGCUCGACCAGGGCCGUGAGGUUGCGCAGAGGUACGGACAUUUGGCAUUUGUCGACAAUUUGCCGUUUAUAAGGGCGUCAGGCCAGAAGCGCGUGAUCGACUCGGCGGAGAACUGGGCCCAUGGGUUCUACGGGGAGCUGGUGGCCGGCGACGGAGGCCCCGUGCCCGACGAAGAAGAAUACUUAGGCUCGAUUCUGAUCGUCCCCGAGACGCACGGUUUCAACAACACCCUCGACCACGGUCGCUGCUCCCAGUUCGAGGAAGGACCCGAGAGCCAGGUCGGAAACCACGCACGAAACGCCUUCGCCGACAAAUUCACCCCGCCCAUCCUCCAACGACUCCACGAUAACCUCGGAGGAGACCUUGCGCUGACUCGAGACGACGCCAUCAACAUAAUGGACCUCUGUCCCUUCUACACCGUGGCCAACCCCAACCCACAAACCAACGUCUCCGACUUCUGCCACCUCUUCACCCACGACGAGUGGAAAAGCUACGACUACUAUCAAUCCCUCGGAAAGUACUACGGCUACGCCAACGGCAAUCCCCUAGGCCCCACGCAAGGCGUCGGUUUCGUAAACGAGCUCGUCGCCCGCCUCACGCGCCGUCCCGUCCAAGACCACACGUCGACGAACUCGACGCUCACGGGCUCGCCUGAUACCUUUCCCCUCGAUCGGGCGCUUUACGCGGAUUUUAGUCAUGACAAUACCAUGCUCUCCAUCUACGCCGCCCUGGGUCUGUAUAACCUUACCGAACCGCUGCCGAGGUUGGACAGGACUUCGCCGGGGAAGACGGAGGGGUUUGCGGCGAGCUGGACGGUUCCUUUUGCUGGGCGCAUGUUUGUUGAGAAGAUGACGUGUUCCGCGGAGGGCGAGGAGGAGCUUGUUAGAGUCAUCGUGAAUGAUAGAGUUGUGCCUUUGCAAGGAUUUAAGACAUUCCGAUUCGGCUGCAAGUAA